AUGGCGGACGAUACCUCAACUCCCCCUAAAAGAGGAUCCAUAAAAUCAUCAGUUGGAAGUGUUGCGGUUCAGAGGAGACGGGAAAAUGCGGUUAUGGUGGGGAAGGAAAGAAGGGAAGCAUUGGUGCGGACCAAGCGUCUGUGCAGAGUUGGAGUUAGCAGUGAGAAUAAUGUCGAUUUUCCUGCUGUUGAUGAAAUGAUGACCGAUGAAGAACAAUCAGUUCUCGAGGCUCAAACUUUGAAAGCCGUGCAAGAAUUAAAGGACGUCUUCGGAUAUCAGGGAAAAGGAGCAUUGCAGAAAAGAGUUAAUGCUCUUCGUGAGUUAAGGCGGUUGUUGUCGAAGUCUGAAUAUCCUCCAGUUGAAGCUGCCCUUGAGGCUGGAGCAAUGCCUGCCCUUGUUCAAUGUCUUUCAUUCGGCUCACCAGAUGAACAGUUACUCGAGGCGGCUUGGUGCCUCACAAAUAUAGCUGCUGGGAAGCCGGAAGAAACAAAAGCGUUGUUGCCUGCAUUACCGUUACUCAUUGCUCAUAUAGGAGAAAAGAGCUCACUGCCUAUUGCAGAGCAAUGUGCAUGGGCAUUGGGAAAUGUUGCUGGUGAAGGAGACGAAUUAAGAAGUGUUCUGCUAUCUCAAGGAGCUUUGCAACCUCUUGCGAGGAUGAUGCUACCGAACAAGGGUUCCACUGUGAGAACAGCUGCUUGGGCAUUAUCAAACUUAAUUAAGGGACCAGACCCAAAAGCUGCCACAGAAUUAAUAAGAAUUGACGGUGUUCUUGACGCGAUUCUCCGACACAUGAAGAGAGGUGAUGAAGAGCUGGCAACUGAAAUGGGAUGGGUAGUUGUGUAUCUCACUUCACUUUCAGAUGUGGCUACCAGCAUGCUGGCAAAAAGCGAUCUGCUGCAAAUACUUAUAGAUAGACUAUCAUCAUCAAACAGCUUGCAGCUACUUAUCCCGGUGUUACGGAGUUUGGGUAAUCUUGUGGCUGGUGAUUCUUAUGUAACUAAUAAUAUCCUCGUCGCUGGACAUGAGACCACAGUAAAUGUGAUCCAAGCUCUGAUAAAGUGUUUGAAAAGCGAGCACCGCAUCUUAAAAAAGGAAUCUGCAUGGGUGCUAUCUAAUGUAGCAGCGGGUACCGUCGAGCAUAAAAAGCUAAUACACUCAAGUGAAGCUGUGUCAAUAUUGAUACACCUGCUGUUGACUUCACCAUUCGACAUAAAAAAAGAAGUGGCUUAUGUUCUUGGUAACCUCUGUGUGGCCCCUUCGGAAGGUUCCGGAAGGCCGAGUUUGAUCGUCGAGCACUUGGUUUCCCUUGUUGGUGGAGGAUGUCUCGGUGGCUUUGUUGACUUGGUAAGAUCCGUGGACGUAGAGGCUGCUCGACUGGGCCUUCAGUUCUUGGAGCUCGUUCUAAGGGGAAUGCCGAAUGGAGAGGGACCAAAGCUUGUCGAGGCAGAAGACGGAAUAGAAGCCAUGGAGAGAUUCCAAUUUCAUGAGAACGAAGAUCUUAGAAAUAUGGCCAACGAGUUAGUCGACAAGUACUUUGGGGAGGAUUACGGACUUGAUUCAUAG